AUGAAGUGGACUUUACUGCUGCUCUUUAUCUUUCUUCCAUGUGUACAUUGUGUCAUACCUACUGGAAUCCUGUCUGUAGAUCUACUUUCUCCGUCACAAGUCAAUUCCUCAGUCCUUAUUGAAAAAUUAUGUUCGCCCAGUGCUGCUGACGGGUGGGGUAAAGCUUUACCUGCUCGCUUUGACUCACACUGGAAUACUUUGAUACAAUUACCUGAAGGAAAUCGUGAUGGAUGCGUGUCAUACAAACUUCAAGAUGAUACAAUGACAUUGACAAGUGGAAUGAUGGUCAUUGUUGAUCGGGGUAACUGUUCCUUCGUGGCUAAAGCGCUUAAAGCUCAAGCCGCAGGAGCAAAAGGAUUAAUCAUUCGUGGUACUAAGAGAGCAGUGUACGAAGGUGUUAUGAGUCAUAAUAGUACAAACUCUAGUGCAAUGACGUCAAAACCCCAUGUCGACGUAGAAAAAGCUGCUGCUCCGGCGACGAAUUGGACAGAAAUUGACAAACCAGUGUUUGAGUACGACUGUAGUCGAGGCCAAGCGUUUGUGGACAAGCUGGCUACGCCCCUGUGGCAGACAGAUGCAGACAAGUGCAAGUAUAAUAACAAAUGUGUGUCUAGAUCGUGUGUACUGACGGGCCACACGACAAUGAAGGAGAGUGGCAAGAAAUACCAAGUCUGCUGCUUGUGGGACACGUUCGUGCUUAUGGGCGCGACGAACCAAACGGUGGCAAAGGCACUGACGAUACCAGUGAUCUAUGUGACCAUUGCUAACGGACAGGAAAUACAGACGUUCAUGGACAAGUACCCGAAGUUGCUGAUGGCACGCACGUAUCGACGAGAAGUGCCCGUUAUUGAUGUGUCGUCAGUGCUGCUUUGGGCAAUUGGAGUGGCGACUGCACUUGGAGCAGCGUACUAUUCAGCAUAUCCACAGCGUUGUCAUGAUGACAACAUGGCACCAUGUGACCGACAGAAACUGUAUUAUGAGCAAGAUGCCCGCGAGGAGGGUAGUCAGGCAAUGCGCGAUGAAGUGUGGGAACUUGAUGCCACACAUGCAUUGGGCUUUAUUGCUCUGGCUGGAGCCUUCUUGACGGUACUCUACUACGUGAAAGUUGGUGGUGCUAUUCCUGUGCUUUUUGCGAUGUCCGGUGUAGUUGCUGUGACGCAGGUAGUAGCAAGGCCUGCAGUGGAAAAGUGGAUGCCGGGUUCAGCUAUCCGCGAAGUUACUGUACCAUUCUUGGGCGAAACUAUUCGCUUGUCUGAGCUGCUUGGAUUCCUGCCAAGUUGUGCACUUGCUAUUGUGUGGUACCUUCACCGGCGUACAUACUGGGCACUUCAAGACAUUAUGGGAAUUUGCCUUUGCUUCGUGUUUCUCCGAACGGUGCAGUUGCCAAAUCUCAAGGUGGCUUCGGUGCUCCUUACACUUGCAUUCUGCUACGAUGUUUUCUUUGUCUUCUUGUCACCUCUGUUUUUCGGCUCGAGUGUUAUGGAAGAUGUGGCUACCGGUGGACCAGCAGCGUACACAAAAAGCGACUAUCCUGGCGUAGAUUACUGCGAAAGAUAUCCACAAUACCCAGCUUGUGUCAACCCUGAGCCUAUGCCGAUGCUUAUCGUGUUGCCGCGCAUUUUAGAAUGGGCUGGAGGUGUCAAUAUGGUUGGUCUUGGUGAUAUUAUUUUGCCAGGCAUGCUCCUUUCGUUCGCACUUCAAUAUGAUUACGCCAAUUCUACCAACUACUUUCGUUUCAUGGCAGUCGGCUACGCUGUUGGCCUAGCGCUCGCUAAUUUGGCCGCCACAAUCACGAGGAUGGGUCAACCAGCACUCAUGUACCUCGUACCAACCACUUUAGGUUUGCUUCUGUUUGCGUCAAAGAGAAAUGGUGAUUUCCAAGCCAUGUGGAUUGGUAUUGGCGUUGACAAGAAGAUGAGAAAUAGAGAAGGUUCUAGAUAUCAAGCUGUCGGGUUAGAAGAAGUGGCAUCUUCAGGAGUUGUGAUUGGUGAUGUGAUGGGGCACGACUUGAGAGAAGGAGACGACCAACCCUUGUUGAACUCGUCACGUUCCUAG